CACCUAAACCUGAGCGGUAACAUGCUAACUUCAUUGCCUGGAGACAUGUACCGCCUGAGGAAACUGCAUACGAUUGAUCUUGAUAAAAAUCCGAUGGUGAGACCACCGCGCCUCUUGUGUGAAGGGAAACAGCUCUUUCCUAUUGGGUGCUACUUACAGGCUACUGACAUCAGGGAAGAGAGGAUUUUGCAGAAGAUUUUUAAGCUGGUUUCAGGCUGUCUUAUUACAGACGACUUUACAUUUCUGUGCGAGAAACUUCACGUUCGAGAUGAAGACAUCAAAGCAAUGUUAAAGAACAAAUCUCUGCAACUACCAGACAAGGUCCUGCAUGCAUUUAACCUCUGGAGAACCGGCAGACACCCUAACAUAAGUCCGGCAGCCAUUUCUGAACAGCUGAUUCGGGUGCUGAAAUAUCCGCCAUUCAUUUCCUCUCCCAUCCCCUUCCUGGGACACGCCAUCUCCUUCGGGAAGAGUCCCAUCCAAUUCCUGGAAAAAGCUUAUGAACAGUAUGGACCCGUCUUCAGCUUCACCAUGGUGGGGAAAACCUUCACCUAUCUGGUGGGGAGCGAUGCCGCCGCACUGCUCUUCAACAGCAAGAACGAGGAUCUGAAUGCCGAGGAUGUGUAUUCCCGCCUGACCACCCCCGUGUUCGGGAAAGGAGUCGCUUAUGACGUCCCAAACCCGAUCUUUUUGGAACAGAAGAAAAUGUUUAAAACCGGCCUGAACAUCGCUCACUUCAAAACACACGUGAGAAUGAUUGAAGAGGAAACCAUCGACUACUUCAAGCGUUGGGGGGAUAGCGGCAUCGGAAAUCUGUUUGACGCCUUGUCAGAGCUGAUCAUCCUGACCGCCAGCCGCUGUCUGCAUGGGAAGGAGAUCCGCGACUUGUUAGAUGAGAAGGUGGCCCAGCUGUACGCCGAUCUGGAUGGAGGAUUCACACACGCAGCCUGGCUCCUCCCUGGCUGGCUGCCGCUGCCCAGCUUCAGACGCCGGGACCGAGCGCACCUCGAGAUCAAGAAGAUCUUCUACAAUGUGAUCCAGAAACGCCGCCAGACUGAGGACAAGGAGGACGACAUGCUGCAGACACUGAUAGACGCCACCUACAAGGAUGGCACUCCGUUGAAUGAUGAUGAGAUAGCUGGGAUGCUGAUUGGUCUCCUCCUGGCGGGACAGCACACGUCUUCCACCACCAGCGCCUGGAUGGGCUUCUUCCUCGCCAAGCACAAGUCUGUCCAGGAUCAAUGCUUCGCAGAGCAGAAGGCCGUGUGUGGAGACGACUUCCCACCCCUGAAAUACGAGCAGCUGAAAGACUUGCAGGUCCUGGACCACUGCAUCAAGGAAACCCUGAGACUGAGACCUCCGAUAAUGACCAUGAUGAGAAUGGCCCGGACCCCGCAGUCUGUGGCCGGGUAUAACAUCCCCCCAGGACACCAGGUCUGCGUAUCUCCCACCGUCAACCACCGGCUGAAGGACACCUGGGUGCAAAACACAGAAUUCUGCCCGGACCGAUACCUGCGCGAGAAUCCUGCCGCCGGGGAGAAGUUUGCCUAUGUUCCAUUCGGAGCAGGACGUCAUCGGUGUAUCGGGGAGAAUUUCGCUUACGCUCAGAUUAAAACGAUUUGGUCUACAAUGCUCCGACUGUUCGAGUUUGAUCUGGUGGACGGUUAUUUCCCUUCGAUCAACUACACGACAAUGAUCCAUACACCCAACAACCCGAUCAUCAGAUACAAGAGGAGGAACCUGUGAACACCAUGUGACCAGUCCUGGGGUGGGG